UUGCUCAAGCCAGCGGGUUUCAAGCCCCACGUGACCCCCCCCCCCGCCCAGGGGCAGCGUGAAGGCAGGAUAGCUGCCGGAAAACAGCGCCGUCGGCGGAGCGAUGCAGGUGCCCAGCGCCGCGGCGCCAGGCGCUGCGCCCGCGCGUCCCGAGUGGCUUUGCCAGAAGGCCCCUCCGGAUGCUCGCCAGCGCCCGGCGGAGCUCCGCGAGAUCGCGGACCUCGUCGCCCGCGAGAUCUCCAGCGCGAGCACGGGCAGCGGCGUCGUCAGCGGUGCCUGCAGCAGCGCGGGGCCCGACCGCUCCGACGCCGAGGAGGGCCUCGCCCUGUGGGAGCCGUGGCCGGUGGAGCACGCCGCCCAGACCCCCUCGCGUCGGGGAAAAAGCACGACGGAAGGCUUCGCCCCGCUGGAGCCCUGGCCGCUGGGGCCCGCCGGUCUGGCCCAGCGCCUCGGCCUCGAGGUGGACGGCGGCAGCCGCGUCGCCGGCGACGACGACUGCAGCGACAGCGCCGCCUGGGAGCCCUGGCGCGCGCUCGCGGAGCAAGAAGUGUCGGCGGACGCCAGCGAGAUGGCGAGGUGGCGCGAGCGCCGGGCGAGGCGGAAGGCGAACCGGGGUGCCCUUGUGGGUGUCGGCUGGCGCUCUUUCCGCAGUCAGUCUCACGAGCAUUCGGUGCUGUGCAGCAGCGACUGCAGGGUGGGAGCCGGCGUCAGGGCGGCUUGGCACUCGCUCUGACCGGGGGCGGCCCUGGGUCAUGCUUUUGGCUGGAGGCCAGGAACAGGCGCACUUCACUUUUGGGCACCGCUUUUCGGUGCCCCGUUUUUUGCCGACCGAUUCUGCUGGUCAGUAUUUUCUUCUCGUCCUCCUCGCAUGGCAACUAGUGCACGAGUGCUCUCUUUUGGAAGGGUGCGCGCGCUUCUGGUCCCCAAGGCGUGCGGUCAAUCUUCUUGGAGUUCUGGGCUCGCGCGCCCUGGCGCUCCUGCGCGAUUACCUCCUCCCUCCUUCCAUGCCCACUGCAACCGCGAAUGGCCUGCCUCUCCCGCUUCUCUUCU